AUGGAAAUUAAUGAACAAAAUCUCGAAGUACUUUCAACUUAUUUACGUAAAACAUUAUCUGCAAAUACAGAUGAACGAUUAGAAGCUGAAAAAACUUUAAAACAAAUUGAACGAAAUGAAAAUUAUACAUCUUUAUUAUUAACUCUAUGUGAACAAUCAACAACAUCUGAUGAAAUUCGUCGUGCAUCAGUAAUAACAUUUAAAAAUUUUAUAAAACGUAAUUGGCCAUCACUUGAUCAAUCAAAUACUAUAUCAAUUCGUGAUCGUAAUCAUAUAAAAGAACAUAUUAUUGAUUUAAUGACACGAUCACCUGAACAUAUUCAAGAACAAUUAUCUGAUGCCAUAACAGUUAUUGGUAAAUGUGAUUUUCCUGAUCAUUGGUCAACAUUACUUGAUACAAUGAUAAAACAAUUUCAACAACAAUCAUCAAAUUCAUUUCAAUCAAUAAAUGGAAUUUUAAAAACUGCACAUUCACUUUUUGAACGAUAUCGAUAUGAACAAAAAUCUGAUGAAUUAUGGUUAGAAAUUAAAUUAGUUUUGGAAAAAUUUGCACCAGCUUUUACAGAAUUAUUUAAAUCUUUAAUGGCUUAUUAUCCACAAAAAGAAUCUGAUCCAAUUGAAAUGAAACAUAUAUUUAAUUCAUUACUUCUUAUUAUUAAAAUCUUCUAUGAUCUUAAUGCUCAAGAAUUACCUGAACAUUUUGAAGAUAAUAUAACAAUUUAUAUGACACAUUUUUUAACACUUCUGUCUUAUGAUUAUCCAAAACUUCAUUCAAAUAAUAAUGAUCCUGGAAUUUUAGAUCAAGUGAAAACAGAAAUUUGUCGUGCUAUAGCACUUUAUGCAGAUAAUUAUAGUGAUGAAUUUAAACCAUAUGCACAACAUUUUGCAUCAGCUAUUUGGUCUUUAUUAAUACAAUUAGAUCUUUCACCAUCUUAUGAUGAACUUAUUAGUACAGCAAUGAAAUUUUUAUCAACAUUAGCUGCUCGAAGUCAUCAUUGUAUGAUGUUUGAAAGUGUUGAAACAUUAAAAGUAUUAUGUGAACAAGUUAUUUUACCAAAUUUAUUCCUUCGAGAAUCAGAUAUUGAAGAAUUUGAAGAUAAUCCAGAAGAAUAUAUUCGAAAAGAUAUUGAAAAAUCAGAUUCAGCAACACGACGACGAGCUGCUUGCGAUUUUCUUCAAGCACUUUGUAUUUUCUUUGAACCACAAGUUGUUUCGAUUUAUAGUCAAUAUAUUGAUGCUAUGCAGAAAGAAUAUUUACAAAAUCGAACACAAAAUUGGUUAAAAAAAGAUGCAUGCAUUUUUCUUGUCUUAGCACUUGCAUCAAAAGGCGAAACACAAAAAUUUGGUAUAACAAAAACAAGUUCAUUUAUAAGUAUUUCAGCAUUUUAUUCAAAUAGUAUAUUACCUGAAUUUCAAGAUCAAGAUAUUAAUGCUCUUCCAUUAAUAAAGGCUGAUUGUUUAAAAUUUUUAAUUGAUGUUCGAAAUCAAAUUGAUCGUGAUGCUUUACUUAUUUCAAUACCUGAAUGUAUUCGAUAUUUAUCAUCAAAUAAUAUUGUUGUACAAACAUAUGCAGCACAUGCUAUUGAACGUUUAUUACUUGUUCGUCAAUCUACUGAUCAAAAAUUUGCAGCAAUAACAAAAAAUGAUUUAAUUCCUUAUGCUCAAACAAUGUAUGAUAGUUUCUUUCGAAUAUUAACAUCGGAUAAAUCAUAUGAAAAUGAAUAUGUUAUGCGAGCUGUUAUGAGAUUAUCAUCAUCACUUAAUGAUGCUGUUUUACCUCAUUUAAAUCUAUUAAUGGAUAAAUUAGUUAUGAUUUUACGACGAUCAAGUAAAAAUCCAAAUAAACCAAAUUUUAAUCAUUAUUUAUUUGAAACAAUAACUGUAUUAAUUCGUACAAGUAUAUCAAAGAAUCCCGGUGUACUUGAUCAAUUUGAACAAAUUCUAUUUCCUGUAUUUACACCGGUAUUUACAGAUGAUAUUGCUGAAUUUGUUCCAUAUGUAUUACAAAUAAUUGGAUUUCUAUUGGAAUCUCGUCCAUCAGGAUCAACACCAAUACCUGAUGCAUAUCGAGCAUUAUUUCAAUUAAUACUUACACCAUCAUUUUGGGAUCGUAGUGGAAAUAUUCCAGCAUUAUCAAGACUUUUACAGGCAUAUAUUGAAAAAGCAGGAGAAACAAUUGUUCUUGAAAAAUUAACAACUGUACUUGGUAUAUUUCAACGUCUUGUAUCCCAAUCAAAAAUUCAUGAUCAUGAAGGUUUUGCAAUAUUAAAUUGUUUAAUUAUUAAUUUACCAUCAACAUAUUUAAAUAAUUAUUUAAAAGAUAUAUUUAUUGUUAUAUUUACACGUUUAACAAAAGCUAAAACACAAAAAUUAAUACGAUGUAUUAUUGUUUUCUUUUCAUAUUUUAUUAUUAAAUAUGGUGCAAAAGAAUUUAUUACACAAAUUGAUUCUAUUCAAGCAAAUAUGUUUCGAAUGGUUGUUGAACGUUUAUUUAUUCCAGAAUUAUCAAAAAUUGAUGAAAAUGAUAAAAAAUUAUGUGCAAUUGCAAUAAUACAUUUAUUAUGUGAUCCAGAACAAAUGACAAAAGGAAUUUAUUUUAAUGAUUUAUGGUUAAUAUUAUUACAAGCAUUACUUAGCUUAUUUCAAUCAAGUAAUGAUUUACAAAUAAUGUCAGCUGCUGAAAGAAAAAAACAAGCACAAGAUGAAGCUGAAGAAGAAUUACUUGUUGGAUUAGAUGAUACACCAGAUUAUACUCCGGCAUUUUCACGCUUGGCAUUUGCUAAAAAGCCUCGUACAGAUCUAUUUGGUUCGAGUAUUCCUGAUGCUCGAUGUCAUUUAGCAAAAUGUUUACAAACAUUAACAAGUUCUCAUCCGAAUCAAUUUCUAAGUGUAAUGACAAAUGGUUUAUCAACAGAACAUUUAUUAGAUAUACAAAAGUAUUGUGCAUUAGCAAAUGUUACACUUUCAUAA